GCUCCGCCCCGAAUGAACACUGACUCGACGCUAUCAGCCUGUGUGUGUGUGUGUGCCUGUGUGCGUGUAUGUGUGUUUGCACUGUGGUGAUAACUGUCAAAAGUACACUUAACAACAGAUCAGCGCCGAGAGUCCAAUGGUCAGCGCCGCCUCUCUGCUCGCUGAGUGUCCGCGUCGAGGCGCCUGCACCCGGACUGCAUGAGAAGCGCUUGAAGGCUGAGCGGCUCCGUGGCCACCGAGCACAUCCGUGUUGACAACAAAAGUUUGCCCGGCGUUUCGCAGUCAUGUCGGGACAACCAGGCUUCGUGAGCCCGUUCCACAGACCCCGGUGUUUGGCGGCUGCAGCUCCGGCGAGUAACAAGUUCACCCACCCUGGAAAAGCUAUUAUGGCAGGUGGGAUUGCAGGAGGCAUUGAGAUCUGCAUCACCUUUCCAACAGAGUACGUGAAAACACAGCUGCAACUCGAUGAAAAGGCAAAUCCUCCCAAAUAUAAAGGCAUCGGGGACUGUGUGAAGCAGACAGUGGACGGUCAUGGGGUGAGGGGUCUGUACAGAGGUCUAAGCUCUCUGCUGUAUGGCUCUAUACCUAAAGCAGCUGUAAGAUUUGGGGUGUUUGAGUUCCUUAGUAAUAAGAUGCGUGAUGAGAGCGGUAAACUAGACAGCAAGCGAGGAUUCCUCUGUGGCCUUGGAGCUGGAGUUGCAGAAGCCGUGUUAGUCGUUUGUCCCAUGGAGACAGUUAAGGUCAAAUUCAUCCAUGACCAGACAUCAGCAAACCCAAAGUACAAGGGAUUUUUCCAUGGGGUGAGGGAGAUCAUUCGAACCGAAGGACUGAAGGGGACUUAUCAGGGCCUAACAGCCACUGUACUGAAGCAAGGCUCCAACCAAGCCAUCCGCUUCUAUGUCAUGACUUCACUGAGGAACUGGUACAAAGGUGAUGACCCCAACAAAGCCAUUAACCCUUUGAUAACUGGAUCGUUUGGAGCUUUUGCUGGUGCUGCUAGCGUGUUUGGAAACACUCCUCUGGAUGUCAUCAAAACCAGAAUGCAGGGUCUUGAUGCUCACAAGUACAAAAGCACAAUGGACUGUGCCGUCAAGAUCAUGAAGCAUGAGGGACCAAAGGCGUUCUACAAAGGCACUGUCCCUCGGCUUGGUCGGGUGUGUAUGGAUGUGGCCAUAGUCUUCAUAAUCUAUGAGGAAGUCGUACAGGUGCUGAACAAAGUUUGGAAGACGGACUGAAACGUACGUCCUGCUACACAAGCAGAAGUGUUAGGACAGGCCAUCCAUAUUAUAAACCAGGCCAAGUCCCAAAACAAUCUCCUAUAACACUGCUUCUAGGUUCUAAUGUCUACCUCCGAGUGAUUUUCCGAAAGAAAGGGAUUGAUGUAUUCUUGAUUUUAUUUAUAACACAGUUAAGUGGAAGCAUUAUCUGCAUGAAAUAAGCUCCAGAUGACGGAAUCACCACUCAAACUUCCUCAUUUCUUUUAAAUUCCAGAAGGGUGAAGUUCCUUAAGAGCUCAGGGAAAGGAAAGGGGCAUUUGUUUAGAUCUGCUUGACUAGAGAAAAAGGUUAAUGGGAACAAAAAAAGAUGUUUCUCAAGUUAACUUGAGACACAUUCAGUUUUCAGAAUUCAGUUUUAUAAAAAAAAAAAUAAUAACAUUACGCGACCUGACAUAAUGUGAUUCAGACACUAUAGACAAGGACAUUUUGCUUGAAAAUUAGAGAUUGUACCAGAGAUAAAUUGUUUUAAAGCCCUCUUUAUAUGCAAGUAUUUCGAUUUUUCCUAUUUUCAAAAGGCUGUUCAAAACCACAGUUAAUUCAAAAGCUGAUCUGAAUAAUUCAUCUCCAGAUAUCACUGCUGCAGAGGUUCAGGUACUUUAAGAACUAAAUGCCUUAAGUCACAGUUUUUAACAUUGUAGGAUCCAGAAAGAUGCCCGUUCAAUAUUGCAUAUGUACUUAACAUUUAGAAAUGCACGUUUCCACAAAACAGCGUUGAGGUGGUGUAAAGAUGUGGUUCACUUUGAAGUUGCAGAAAUGUUUUAAUCAAUUAACUUACUAGACUGAUACUAUAACAAGUGCCUAUGUGUUGUAUGAUUCAUUUUGAGAUCUUUUGAGAUUAAGAAUGAUUAAAUGUUGUAUGUACUUAGUCACUAGAGAUUUUUAUGAAUGUACUCAAGUGCAGACACUGCACGAGGGCCAAAUGUUUCAUUCCAGGCAGCAUCUGAGUUACAGUAUGUCUGAGAUGUUAAUGUUUUCUCGAUUCACCUUAACUGCUGAUAUGAAUUCCUGCUUCUAAAUUCAAAUAGCCUUUAACACAUGAUUUUAAUAGAUGCCUGUUUGAGAAAUUCUAUUAAUAGUGCCUUCCAAGAUUUUUUAGACUUUAUUUUUCUUUUUAAGAUGAAUUGCCUUUACCUUUUACCUUAACUGACAACCCAAUGUGCCAACUGCUGCUCAGAAACAUAAUGCCAUGUUGAAGACUGGAGCUUGUGAGUCUGGCAUGUUUACAUGCAGUGCAAUUAAUUUUUUUUGUUCAUCAUAGGGUCUUUAUUUAGGAUACACAAUGUUUACUUUGAGCUACUUUUUCAGCUUCAUGUUAAACCAGCCUUGCAGACAUGGAGCCUCUUGUAUGUCACAGAUAUUUAAACAUCUUUGGUGUUUACAUUAUUUCCUGUAGCUGAACCCGGUCAUGUGCCUUCAGUCUAAUCAAUUCUGAUAUGUAUGCUCAAAAAUAAACAUUGUACCUGACUGUUGAA